GGUGCAAGGUGGUGCGGUGUAGUUUGCGGCUUUGGAAGCCGGGGGGCCGUCCAGUUUGUUCCCGACGAGCGCGCGAAACGACGAGCGUCCGCCGCGGUCGGUUCGCGCACCAAACGCGACGUGUGUUCGAUGUGGAUGUCGGUGUGUCGGUGUGUGUGUGUCGGCCGACGAGCGUUCGGAUUUUUCUAUCACAAAAUUGCGAAAUUCCGAUCGCUAACACGAUCGCACGGGAUUGAUAAAUGCGGGAUUAACUUCUGGGGUCGAUCAAGUCGGGAGGAGGGAAUCGGAAGUUGGGGGAAAGAAAUCUGGAAAUUAGAUUAAUACGAGAGGUCGACGCUGCGGAGAGAGAAAGAAGGCAAACAAUAACAAUGUAGGGCUAGUCUCGUGUAACCGUAUCUCUCAUCUCUGGGGAAACAUUGACACACACCUGAAGGACGAAAUGUCCACGUGCCGUGUCGGAAUUUGAGAACAUCGUCGGCCAUAAAUCACCGGCGGCGGAGGAUUUUUCCGGGGGCGUCGAACUCACCGAGGCGGGCGACGUCGUGAGUGCGUUUACGAGGACAAAUCGUCGCGGAGACGACGACGGCGAAAGUGAUGAUCGUGGAACGGCUUCCGAGCCAACGAAGACACCGGUGAAGACACAAACUCGUCGACCGACGUCGGCAUCCUCGGCGCGCGACGAGGCAUCCGGCAGGAAUCCCAAGCCGCGAAUGAAGAAUGGAACGAAGAGCAUGAAGAGCCGCUCAUCGACAUCCCCGCGAAACCGGCGAACCAGGAAUCGUCGCUGCACCGCAAAUCCAAUGUAGCCGCUGUUCGCUCGCCGAUCCUCCGCCGGGGAACGCUAAAAAGGGCACGGCAUGAUGACGAUCGCCGGGGCGAUCGCGAACGCCACCGCGACGGUGAUCCUCCGGGAGCCGUCGAAGGCCGGCUUCGGCCUGCCGAUUCUCGAGCUGACGAUUCGCGACGUCGAGGAUGCCGCGGUCCCGCGGCACCACGCGGACAAUUCCACCCACCUGCGCGAGGCGCUGAGACGCCGGGACCCGCUCUACAUCGUGCUGCCGAUCACGGUGAUCUACGUGGUGAUCUUCUUCACCGGCGUGAUCGGCAACAUCUCCACGUGCGUGGUGAUCGCGCGCAACAAGUCCAUGCACACUGCGACCAACUACUACCUCUUCAGCCUGGCCGUGUCGGAUCUGCUCCUGCUGGUGUCCGGCCUGCCCUCGGAGAUGUACUACAUAUGGCUGCCCUUCCCCUACAUAUUCGGCGAGGCGUUCUGCAUCAUUCAGAGCUUCGCCGCGGAGACCUCGGCCAACGCAACCGUCCUCACCAUCACGGCCUUCACCGUCGAGAGGUACGUGGCGAUUUGUCACCCCUUCAUCUCGCACACCAUGUCCAAGCUGUCGAGGGCGGUGAAGUUCGUCGUGGUGAUCUGGCUGUUGGCGCUCUGCCUCGCGGUGCCGCAGGCGAUCCAGUUCGGCAUCAUUUACGAUACCAACAACGGCACCAACAUCCCGGACACCGCCAGAUGCUCGACCCGGUGGACGCUGAUCGAGUACGCGUUCGAGAUCUCGACUAUACUGUUCUUCGUGUUGCCGAUGACGAUCAUCACGGUGCUGUACGUGCUGAUCGCCAUCAAGCUGCGACGCUCCAGGUUGUUGACCGCCACCGUCAAGAGGAAACACGUGCCGGGUGGUCUGAAUCACUUCGACAGCCGAGGGAAGACCGCGGCUCAGAGGAACGUCAUUCGCAUGCUGAUCGCAGUGGUGGUGGCCUUCUUCAUCUGCUGGGCGCCUUUUCACGCCCAGAGGCUGCUGGCCGUAUACGCUCAGAACAACAAUGAGCCGCCGGAGGACGCCUUGGUGACCGUAUACACCACGAUCACAUACGUGUCGGGGGUGUUGUACUAUCUAUCCACCACAGUCAACCCGCUCCUCUACAAUAUCAUGUCUAAUAAGUUCAGGGAAGCCUUUAAGUCGAUGCUGCCGAAGCGCUGCGUGCGGAAAUGCUCGUCGCAGAGGAGCAGCCCCCGGCGGCCGACUUACAGCAGCCUGUCGAGGUGCCAGCGUUCCCUGAAGUACCGCAUUGACGAUAUCCAGCCGUCGCCCUCGAUAUCCGUGAGCGACGAGCAGCAACGCUCGUCGCAUUUCGGCGCACCGGCGAACGCCAACUCCUGCGAGCUGAAUGGCCUGGCGUCGCGCGCCGGUGAGACCCGGGCCGUCCACCAGCCGGCGAACAGGGAGAUCGGCGGCUACCGGGAAUGCGCCAGAAGCAUGUCCAGGGGCUCCGACAGUAGUCAGCUCACCAUGAUGACAUCGAUAAGCAAACUGAACGAGGCCACCAACAACGUCGGGGCGAACGAGUGCCUGCUGAAGAUACACCGUUCCCCGAAAGCUGUUACUUUAGCAGGGAUCCUCACCGAGAGGCUCGGCUUCGGUGCGAAAGGAUUCUUCGCGCAUCAUCGGAAGUUGCCGGCAACCAGCCCGAACGUAGCGCCGGCGAUGUCGCCUCGGUUCCGCAGUCACCCGAGCAUCGAGAGCGCCAACACGAUCAGCAACUCCAGCCUGCAGGACCUCGACGAGACCGAGUUCACCGGAUCCGAGCUCGCCCGAUACAUGGGCGAGCUGAACUUUGACCUCGUCACCUGACAUCCGCUCUCGACGAGGGAACGUCGUCUCUCGAAUUAGACGUCGCCGGCUCCGAGACUGGACAUACUCAACGCGCGAUUCCGAAUCCUGACUGACUCUCAGCCGUGAGGAUCAUGACACUCGACUCACUGUCGAGUACUGUCCAGUACUGUCAGGUACUUUCAAGUACUGUCAGGUACUGUCAAUUAUUCUCAGAUAUACUGUCAAGUACUGUCAAAUACUGACAAGUACUGUUAGGUAUUGUCAAGUACUGACAGGUACCGUCAAGUAUUGUCAAGUACUGUCAGAUACUAUGAGUUAUUGUCAAGUACUGUCAAAUACUGUCAGAUAUUGUCCAAUACUAUCAAGUACUGUCAAGUACCGUCGAAUAUUGUCAAGUACGGUGCGGUCAAAGAUGGUAUUAUGUCCCACGCUUGUGUCCACAACGUGACAGUGUAUAUGUGUGUGUGUGUGUCGUCAUUGUCGAAAGUGUUAAGCAACUUCACAUCGUCGAACCUGGACAAGUUUGUUGCUCGUCGCGAACGUAUCGCGAAUUUUCACACGAACAAUGCGGGAUACAAUUUCGGCGAUGCCGAAAGACGAUCGUGGCGAAUCGUGGCGAUUAUCACGCUGUCCCUGAAGAACAGUCACUCAUGAACUCAUCGCGGGUUGAGAAGGGAAAGGUGCUUAUUCGAAUAUUUUGAUAAUGAAGGAAUUUAAAUGAAUAGCGGCAUGCAAAAAUUACGGGGGAACCUACAGGAAGUUGUCGUUCGAGUCUUGGGAUGAGUCUGAAGGGGGAAUACUUACGCGUGUUCAGAAUUCUGUGCGAGCAUCGGAGCAAGGAGAUAUUCGAGUAAGAGAGAGAGAGAGAGAGAGAGAGAAUUCCUCGUGGAUUCCGUGAAUUACAACGCGAAUAGGACGGUAAGCCCGCGCGCCGUUACUUCAUAUCCGAAGCAAAGGCGUAAUCUUCGCGACUGUAAUAGCCGUUUAACCAGUCGUUGAUCGUUUUAAUCCUCCACGGUGGUCUGAAAGUUAAAAUUUCCGGCCAAAAUUUUUCAUCCUGGUAAAAAUGACUUUUCAUAGAAAAUGUCUAUAAAGGGGAAAACUAAUUACUAACUAUUUGUGCACGUGAUUCAACAUUUAUCUCGAAUUUUUUUCAAAUAAAUACAAAUUAAUGCAAAAUAAAUGCAAAUUAACUUCUAAUCUAACAUCUUAUGAAUAGCUUCUUCCAAAGGGCAUUUCUUCUUUUGCGAUAUUCCCGAAUAGGAAGAAUGAUUCACAUCAUUUUGGGAGGGACUUCGUAUCAUUCAGCCGAGUAUUUUUAUCUUCUGAUCCUCUCCAAAUCUCAUGCAGACGUCCGAGAGGACGCCUUAUAUGGUUUUAAGAGGCCAGUUAUUUUCAAGAGAUGCAGAAAGGGGCAAAACGAAUAUAACGGACCUUGAUAGUGUAAAACGUUGACGAUUACUACACAACUGUAGUACAUUUUUUUUUAAGAAAAUUUCUGAAACUAUCAAAACUUUUCCAGGCAACAUUGGCAAGGAAACAUUUUUCCAUCCGUAAGGGUUACGUUUGUUUUGACCAAAAAUCUCGUUAUUAUUAUCUCGCUUCGGAAAUAAGAUGAACACAGCGUAAAAUCUGAAAUUGUUUACCUCGCGGCAUGUAUUUUUAACAUAUUAAAUAUACAUAAUGCUGCUUUCAUCACCUUUUAAAAUAACAUAAUAUGUAGCAGAAUUUCGACAGGGUGACAAACGCGACUAAAAAGUUACACCUUUGAAUAAGCGAUAUUUUCAGCAUCACAUUCAUCGACGAGCGAUGAGGGAAUAAUAAAUGAUAACAAUUUACAAUUAUUUGUCUGUAGGACAUCGUAAAAAGCUGCGUUUACGCGUCAACUCGGGGGUGAAACUUGAAAGGAAUGGCUUCCGGCUAAGGGAUAUCAAUCUCAGACCACCGUGCUCGGUGAGAGGAGGGACCUCCUCGCGGAGGAGGCGACAAAUGUAAAAACAAGAUUCGCCCAACGUUCCCGAUGACUCGCGUCCGGAUGGUGCGAUAAAUUUCAAAGAAUCGUCGGCUCAACGCGCCGAGCAGCUUCUCGCUUUCUUCGUCCGUCGUGGAUAUUUAUAUAUCACGCGCGAAACGGCGCGCGAGCGCUUUUGAUUUCUGCGAUUUCGCGGCGAGAUCGCCGGUCUGAGACGCGAUCGAGAGAUCGCUCGUGCGGCGCGCUUGUAUAAAGCCUCUACCGACUUAUUUAUUUGCGUUAUUAUCGUGAGAGCGAUGUUAGAAGAAGAGCCAGUCAGCGUAAGUCAAGCUCCUCGUCGUGCAUUUCGAGGGAGACCUCGGCAUUUAUUUUUCUACGCGUCGUAUAUGCGUCGUGGUGACCGAGAGAAAGAGAGAGAGAGAGAAAGAGAGAGUGUGUGUGUGUGUCUCUCUCGUCUCGUCGUUCGGUCGACAAUAAGUACGUCCGCACGUCGUUUCCGUUUGCAUAAGCUGUACACAAUAUGAGCGUACGAUUUGUUAAAUAAAAAUAUGUAGCGACUCUGUCCGUUUCAAUGCACUCCAGCACACGGAGAAAAGGAUUUCUUUGGAUUUAACAUUUCUAUUUAUUUGACGAAAAUUUGUUUCGUAUAGAAACAACAUGUACGGGAGAUUAUUUGUUUGAGUAAAAAUCUUGUCACCUCAAACAAGAACGCGGUAUUUCCACCCAGCAAGCAAUCCAACACGGAAACAAGCAUCGCUGGCCGAUAGCUUUUGCUUGUAGCCA